AUGCUCCUCCUGGACUGCAUCCACAGGGUGGCAAAAGCACGCGUAGCUCCAAUUUCAGCCCCAAUGGAUGUCCUCCUGCAGGCCAAUUACCACUAUAUGAAAGAAGAAAUAGUUAGGGCAAGUAGAAGCCCCAAUUCCCUAGCAGAGGUAUAUAAGGAGGUGCAAAUUUUCGCAGACAUCUCCCUGGCUACGCUACAAGCAAGGAUGAACUUUAAUCCAGUGACAAAAGCACUCAGAAAGCACCAAAUCCCAUACAGAUUGAGGUUCCCCACCCGGUUACUGAUCACCCGCAAUAGUCAGACAACCUCCGUACUAACCCUAGAAGAAGGCCAAGAGCUCCUAAAGACUUGGGACAUCCAACUGGCAGUUACGCCUACAACCUCAGUGGAGCUCAACCCACACUUACCGGACUGGAAGAAGCUGAAACGCUAA